CUUGUUGCAUGCCGCUUCAAGAUUUGGGUGCAGGGCUUCCUGGGGCGUCACUGGCUGGGCCGCACCCUGGUGGCCGCAGUGCCAUGCCCUCGCCAGGAACUGCUGACGAGCCGCAAGAUGAUGGGCGAGAUCCGCCGCGGCAGCGGUGCCGAGGCGGCGAUCUCCACCGGCAUCAAGGUCGCGGACGUGCGCGACGGUCUUCAGAACGGUCCUUUCAAUUGGAAGGGCCUGGUGGUGCAAGCGCUCCCACCGGAGAUGAAGCAGGAAGCUGAGGCUGUCGGGCAGCCUUCCCACCGAAGCACGGAGGCAGCGCCCUAUGCGGAGGCUUUGGGCUGUGCCGUGGUGAAAGCGGCGGCCUCCAAGCACUGGGGCGUCGCCAAGGCGCUCUUGCAGGAGCUCAGCUGGUCCAGCGAGCCUGCGAGGCAGAAGGCCUUGGCCAAGGCGGAUGCCACGCGGAAGACCGCGCUGCGGAUGUGCGUGGAUGGCCUGGCGAGGGACUCCAAGCAGCUCUUGCAGGCGCUGGAAGGCGCGACGUUGAGAUUAAUCCUGGGCUCGAGUAGGCAGUACUGGUGGUGCUUCCACGUGAGGACUGUGUGCUGCAAUACGUUAUGGCUCAACGGCCACAUGUCUAUCGGCAUCCCCAGGUCCCAGGGAUGCGGUCCCCAACUGGGGGACGUGGUGGCCAAGACGCCCUUGGCGGCGCUGAGCGGCCCUGUUUGGCGGAAUUGCGUGUGGAGCGAGCCGCAGGAAUGCGAUGGCCAACUAGAAGAUCUCACUGGCGAGGAACCUUACAUGCUUCGCUUAAAAGUCGACGACGGCCACGGCACUGUGCUGAAGCUGAGACGCGUGGAUGUGGGGGAGGUGGUGAUGUUUGGGCACAGCCGCGUGCGGAACCCGUUGGGGCAUUCCAUGCUAGCAGCCACUGGCACUGUCGCCGGACGCGUGGCCUCUGGGCUCUUCGAUCCAACCACCUGUGCUCGAUGGGCAGCGGAGAUGAAUACCAGUGGCCCACGGCCGGUGGCGCGCUUGGCUUUGGAGCUUGGAGCCGACCCACGAGCUCUGUCUGAUGAUGGCUUGUCUCCCUACACCGCUGCGAUCUUGCGGGAGGAUCCCUGCGGCAUGCUCAAGGGCCUCAAUGCCCAGCUCAGAUUCAGGAUCCUCCGCGGCGACGAGACCGCCUGGGCCGAAGUCGCGCGAUCGGCCGAAGGGCGCGAUCUACCGGAUAUUGCGGCCGGGGCAUUGUCUCGAGGCUUGCCUAUUCCCAAGAAGAUGGCAGAGGAACUACUCGAAUAUUGCUUCAGUGCUGAUUUGCCAUUGUUGGCGUUGAGAGUCCUCGCCCGCAUCGAUGGGAAGCGCUUCUUGAUGCCGGCCUUGGAACGGGCCGGCACACAGACCUGGAGGCGUGUAGCGGAGAGGAUCGUGGAGCAGAUCAAGCCAGGACAAAAGCCAUAUUGGCUGAACCCGCCUGCAUUGAAGUGCGCAGCCACCUCUUUCAGCCGAAGGUACGCGAUCCAUGAAAUCCAACGAGGGAGAAGCCAGUACAGGAUCAUGUUGCAGUCCUUCCUGGCCUUCUUAAAGUCCAAUGAAGAGAAGGAGUUCCUCGCAGCACCCUGCGUCUUGGCGAAUCGCCGUGGAGGUGCUGAGUGUCCGAUCUGUUUGGAGCCACUGUGCAGAUCGACACCGACCGCCUUUGUGGCCGACACCGCCGUUUGCUUGCACUUCCUCUGCAGCACCUGCGCGCGAGGAUAUGCCUCCUCGACCAGCUCCCAGGGCGAAGCGCUGCGCUGCCCAGAGUGCCGACGCCAUGCGGUGGAGAUGCGCCCGGUGCCAUCCCUUUGCGAGGACCCUUUGAGCUGCUUUGAGUUCCUGGCGGCCAACGAGGAUCAUCUUGCCCAGCCAAUGCUUCUUCGAACACUCUCAUCGCUUCUGCCCUUGGAAUCAGACGCUUUGGAGGCCCAGGGAGAAGCUUUGGAGCAAGAGGUGCACGCAGCAGACUUUCUUACAAACGGUCUUUUUGUUUGGGUGUGGCGCCACGUGCAGGAGCACCAGCGAUGCAUGACGCUUGGACCAGUUCCUGACCUUGAAGAGAGAAGGGCCUGGUUCAAGUAUUGGAAUUUGUCGGGGAGCGGCCAGCUCUCGCGCAGCGAGGUUCUUAGGGCGAUCCUACGUUCCUUCCGAGUUACUUCCUUGGAGAAGCAAAAAGUAAAAGAUUUGCAAUCAAGGGUAGACAAAGUGUGGGAGAUGUGGAGUCAGCAAUGCACGCACGGCCGAAGCGUCGACUAUGUCGAGUGUGAAGAGUUCUGCAUGGAGUCGGGCUUCGGGGAACUGCUGGAGGAGGUCUUUGGGUCGGACCCGGAAGGCGCGGCCAUCCUUUUGGUUGGUCGUGCGGGUCGGUCGUGGGCGAGAAGCGUGGAGACUCAGAGGUUUCUUCAUUUUGUGGAAUCCAACCCUGCAGGCGGUGCAUCACCUUGGCACAAGAGCCUUUAUGCAGAAAAAGAAACGACAUCCAUCCCACCCGACGGAUGUCUCGCGGCUGUGCUGCGCACAGCAUUGCUUCGCGGCGCACGCCGGCGCACACGGGUGCCGUGCGAAGGCAAUGAUUUGCAUCCGACCCUGAAAGAGGUGGCCCCAAGACUGCGAGCCGGGCUGCCACGAGGUCGACAUCCUGGCUUGGGACGCCUCCAAUAUCGCUUGCAGCCGCGCCCAAAAGCGGCGCCGUCGAGUAGCAGCGAGCCACCUCCGGACUUGGUGGUGCCGUCCGAGAUGCUUGCACCGCCCAUCCCAGAGGUGCCUUGGUUCAGAGACUUCAGAGAUGUCCCCGAGGAAGGCACCAGCGCCUUGUGGGCUGCAGCCGGCAUCCCCUUCUUCCCGCACCAGGGCGAAGUAGACGAUCGACCUCCGGUGGUGGGGAUCUAUGCCUGGGAGUCGGACACUGAAAGCUCGUCCCAAGAGGAGGAGGAAGAAGAGGAGGAAGAGGAAGAUGAGGUGGAUGAAGAUGCUGAGGAGGUGGAAGAGUGGGAAGAGGAAGAAGAGGAAGAGGAGGAAACCGAGAGCGACGAGAUUCAGGAUGCCGAAGCUGUGCUGGAGCCCCAUCAGGGCGGAGUGAGCUGCCCGGUGCCGCAGGAGCGCGAGCAGUACGAGCCAGUACGGCUUGCGCCCGCAUCUGCCUCUGUCGUAAGCAUUUGACGGCUCCACUCCAAGGUCUCACACGAAGCCCAAAUCUUAAGAUUCCGUAGGUGUGUUUUAAAGGUCGGAGAGCAGCGGAGCUUCUUCAGCCAGUGGAACUUUGGAC